AUGCCACCCAGAUUCCUUCGCGGUAGAGGCAAAGGACCCGUGACAGGUCAUGAUCACGAGGCCGGGCCUUCGCACCGGCGUACUCCAUCUAUCACUAUGAGCACAAGCCCGCAAGAGCCAUGGAGGCUCUAUGUCGAACCCGGAAGGCGAUCUGUAUCCCUUAGCUCUUCACCUUCUUACCAACACUCUUUUGGGCCCCACUCAGAAAACGAGCCCAACAACCAGCCGCCAGCUUUUAUACCUUUACAGAGAUCCAACUCUCAUCAUUCUUUUGGCGACCCAACACCCGUUUUCCAAAGCCGAUUUAACCCGGCUAACCUUCUGCUAGAACCCGUGGGUUUUAACCCACUUGGACCGGAAGACCACUUUUCAGGGGAAAACGACAUGGAUGAGGAUACUGACCCCGUGGAGCCUGCAUCAGGAACGCCGAAUCAUCCCAUUGAGAUCUCAGAUGGGUCAUCAUUCCAUGGAUCGCCAUACCGCGGACCGGACAGUUUUAUGGAAAAGUUCAACCAGUACGAUUGGUACUUCACCCCGUUUGAGCACUCGUCGUCCCACCAGCACCAGCAGCAGCAGCAGUAUCAACAGCAACAGGACCCUUCGGAGGGUCAACGAUUUGUGGCAGUCACACCGCCACCACCACCGCCAGAAGAGCAGCAACCGCCUCCAGAGCCGCCGAGGCGGAGAAGGUCAAAUGCACGGAUGUCCGUGCGAGGUGGAGUUCGAAUCAGUACUCCCCAACCUUCAAGUGGCAGCCAUUACCCGCCACUUCAGGAAGAAGAGGACCCGCAGAUGGGUGGUCCAACAAGCCCUAUACCAGAUGUCAACUCAGUACCUGUGGUACCACCUUUGGGUUUCGAUAACCCGAUUCCUGCGUAUGCUGGGUCAGCGGCAUACAACCCCUUCGAGCAGCCAGCGCACACCCACUACAACUACAACUACGGUUAUGCGGAAGUAGAUCCGUAUCAGGUAGCUCGGGACUACAAUGCCCUUCACCCUGAAGGACCAUACGGAGGGCCAUGGACUACUGGUUACCCGACUUAUGGGUACCCGCAUCAGCCACCUCCUCCACCGGUGUAUCAGCCGCCACAGCCACAGAUUCAGCAGGAAGUCCUUGAGAGGCUGAGCCAAGUUGAACAGGAGGUUCGUGAAGACCGCAGAGAGCGGCAAGGUUUCUUCAAAGGGCUGUCAGACUUGCUUAAGGGGAAGUCAAAGAGGAGGGGUCAUUGA